AGGAAUUAAAUGCGUAAUUCACAAAAGCAAUAAAGGCAUGUGGAGAGUAGGGACCAUGGCCGAUGAUGUGUAAAAAAUGACGAGAACUAGAAGAUAGUCUGAACUCCAAAAGCUCCACCACCACCACCUUCUCUCAUCCUCCUCCUCUGCAACUUCUCGAACUGCGUGUUCGGAGCUCACACAACAGCAGACCGUUGCAUCUCUCUCUACACGAAAACAGUCGAGUAUCACCAACGUCGAUCACUGUAGCUCUCCGCCAUUAGAUACUUUUUCAAGCUUUUUUUUUCCCACUCUGAAGUAAGCUGCUGUUUGUAGCUUCGGGAGUUCGAUUGAUCGUUACACGAGAACCGGUUUUUGAGUCUCAAUUCAACAAUUUUCUGGCGUUGUUACGAAAUUUUUCGAGACUAAUUUCAGCUCGUUAGCAGAUUUACAGCUUGCAUUCUCUUCAUUUGUGUCGGAGUAAAGCAGAGUGUCGUUGGUGGAAGCGCGUACAUAUUUCUCAAUCUCUUUCUCGUUAUUAUUAGGUACGAAUUUACGAUACGCCAUUUUACCUGAUCUUAUGUUUCAACGAUACUCUUGUUGAAAAAUCUACGCUGAAUUCAAGCUUCUUGUUACUUAAUACUUGUUGAUUUGAAACGAAAAAGAUGUUUCAACGAGAUAUACAACAAUUACAAGCACAAAGUACAAGUUAGGGUUCAUGAUGAUAAAAAUGGACUGUAUAUUCAUGUCCGGGCAGCCGACACGAUAUAUGUGGGGUCGGAUUUACAAUACUUUAAGCUUUUUCAAGCAUUGCUCAAGAAUUAGAUACAAACAACCUUCUUUUCUUUGAAGGCAAGGAUAAUCGGAUAUUUUGUUUUAUCCGUUAUAAAACUGUUCGAAAUGAAAUCAUUCCUGUUUCAAAACUCUAAAAGUAAGCAAAAUGAUGGCAUCAAGCACUACUGAUCAAUUAAAUAAGUUCGAUAAUUGUGUGGGGGUGGAAUAUUAAAUAUGUAUUCGUUUGAAAUUGGUUGAGGAGUCACUUUCCAAUUAGCUAAGAGGCGACUCUCGUAGCCUGAUAUAAGUGGGUGAGAGUGAUUUAUAUUUAAUCUUUCUAUUUUUAAUACAAAUCUCUCAUCAACUCACUAAUAUAUGUCCAUUUCAACCAAAUUUGACAUUUUUGUUUUAAUAUGUGAUAUGGAUAUUGCCUGAGAUUAAUUGUCGGUCUUUGAUCAAUGCUCUCUGGUAUAUGCUUCUUUCUGCUAAUCAGCUUUCAACUCCUUUUUAUAUCCUUCAUCUGCAUCCCACUUGGAAAUAAUAGCAUAUUAGCAAACAUAUAUGCAGAAACAAUGAAGUAUUUUUAUUCAUCCAAAUAGAUGAAGCUCCAACUGGAAGUUGCUUUGGCUUGCUUUAUCACCUUGAUCUUGAUUCAACACAUCAUAUGUGAUGAAGUUGCAGAGACCCCGGAUAUAAACAAGUGGACAUGUACAUGCUAUGCAAAUGAACUAAACCAUCAUGUUAUCAUUCCACCAAACUGCUCUUCUUCCUGUAACUGCAUCUCUGAAAAUACAAGUCAAAACAAAUGGAAAUGCAUAUGUCCCAGUGAUAAACUCCCUGAAGUGGCUACAAGUCAUGAAAGUAAUUGCUUCAUGUCCUGCAACUGCAAUUCUGGAUCUUUGAUUGAGGCACAAUCUUUAAAGAAGCAAUUUUCCAGCAAAGCUGUAUUAAUCAUCUUAUCACUAUGCAUGGUGAUCACAGCUCUUGCAAUUUUCACUUCAGUAAUGUGCCUCUACAUAUAUCGAAGGCAUACAUGCCCUAAAAAACAACCUCCUUUAUCAUCAUCAUCAGAUAAAGACACAAGUUACAACAGUAGUACAAACUUAAUCAGCUACAAAACAUCUUCACUCCAAAACUCCAAAAUAUACAUCCAUUCUCCUAAAAAUCCAGUCACAGGGUUUAUACACAAGGCUUCAUUCUUGUUUAGAAAACAAACAAGAACUGUUCAAGGAACAAUCACAAGCUUUCCAUAUUCUGAAUUAGAAACUGCAACCAAUCGAUUCUCUGAAACUAAUUUAAUCGGGGUUGGGGUAAGUAGCCAUGUUUACUAUGGUCAACUCAAAGAUGGUAAACUUGUUGCAGUCAAACGUCUUAAGUCUCAAGGAGGAGGUCUAGAUGCUGAAGUAACAUUUUUAACAGAGAUUGAACUGCUGUCAAGACUACAUCACUGUCAUGUGGUGCCAUUACUUGGGUACUGUUUGGAAUACCAAUACCACACAAAACAGCCUGAGAUGCUUUUGGUGUUUGAAUACAUGACAAAUGGCAACCUGAGAGAGUGUCUAGAUGGGGUUUCAGAAAAAUGUCUAGACUGGGGGGCCCGCAUAGCAGUAGCCAUUGGAGCUGCUAGAGGGUUGGAGUAUCUUCAUGAAGCAGCAGCACCAAGAAUCCUGCAUAGAGAUGUUAAAUCCACUAAUAUUCUCUUGGAUGAGAACUGGAGAGCAAAGAUUACUGAUCUGGGAAUGGCUAAGAGUUUGGUGAGUGAUGGUGUUCCAAGCUGUUCUAGCUCACCUGCUAGAAUGCAGGGGACAUUUGGCUAUUUUGCCCCUGAAUAUGCGAUUGUUGGAAGGGCAUCGCUGAUGUCAGAUGUUUUUAGUUUUGGUGUUGUGCUUCUUGAACUUAUUAGUGGUCGGCAUCCAAUAUACAAGUCACAAGACAAAGGGGAAGAGAGCCUUGUGAUUUGGGCGACACCACUUUUACAAGAUAGCAGGAGAGUGAGUAAGGAACUGCCGGACCCACGUCUGAAAGGGAAGUUUGAAGAAGAAGAGAUGCAAGUGAUGGCUUAUUUAGCAAAAGAGUGUUUGUUGUUGGAUCCUGAUGCUCGCCCAACAAUGAGUGAAGUUGUUCAGAUACUUCUAACUAUUGCUCCAGAAAAAUCUAAAAGGAGGAAUUUUUCCGUUGACCGCUAUCAGGAUUAUACCAUUAGAAUGGAACGCGAGCUUCAACAACUGUCAUCCAGUAUAUCAUUUUCGUCUGAAUCUUCAUUGCUUGUGCAUACCCCUCAUGAAAAUGAAGAACCAGUUACAGUUACAGGUCCCGGUUCACAUGGUGGAGAUGAUGAAGUCACUGUUGAUUUAACUGAACCACGCUUUGAAUCCUUUUGUGUGUCCAAUAUUUCAUCUGCUUCAUAACUUGUAAUCAAUUUUCAUAAUUUAUUUCAAUAUUUGGUUUAUAACCAAAUCUUGAAACCCAGAGUUUAAAUCUCUCUUUCCUUUUCUCUUUUAUGUGUUUCAUAUUUUAAAAAGGAACAUUCACCAUUCAUUUCAUUUUUCUAGUGCCGUUUUGCAGAGAAUGUGUAGAGAUCAUGUAUGAUUAGUGUAGUAGUGUUUGUACACAUGUAUUUUAUGUCACCUUAUAGUUAUAACAUUACAAUAUGGUUGGUUAACAUUCAUAGAUAUAUA